UGUCAUAAUAUUGCGUCUGAUGAGUUUUGAAAAAUCUGAACCAAGGUUGUUUUUUCUGUGCACGUGGAAAUCAACCUGCCAGGCAGACAUAAGAAACUAUUAAACCAACAUUCAUCUGUCAAUUCCUUUUACAUUCACAAUGGAGAAAGGGGAAUAAUUGACAGAUACGAUGGAUUAGUAGGACCUAUAGUGGCAUAGCAGGAUCCACCUUCUGUCAGUUUACAGAAAGCAGAUGGUUUAGAGGACUUAAAUGAGGGCGAAACUGAGUUAAGACAACGACAGCAACUGGACUGCACUAAUAAAGAUGGAGUAAAGUUAAGUAAAAGACGAGCCUAGCAUUUUAAUCUGAUGACUUAAAUGUGGGCUCACGGUGGAGAAUACUUACUGAAAGGGGCAUUGUUUUGGCUCGUGUGCUUGUGAAAGAGAAGCCAAUUGCGUGGUUGUUAUUUACGUCUGUGUCAAUUCAUUGUGUUGUUGAAGCAGAUAAGAAGUAUGUCCCUUUGUAAGAUUCCUCUGAUUGGUCAAGUUAAAUGGCUUUCCAGUAUGAUAAAGGAGUGUAGUUUGGUUGUUUGGAGUGGGUGUUGUGUUACACCCCUCCUCACAACCGCCAGCUCCGCAAGCUACAUAUCAUAAUGGGGGAAGGGAGGGUUGUUCAAGUGUUGGCUUGCAAACAUGAACAGUGACUCCCAGUUAAUCUUUAACAGGAAACUCAAAUAGGUUUAUUGUAUCACUUUUGAAAACCAUAAUGCAGACUCAUCUGUCUGUUAUUAAAAGCUUUUAAAAAACGUUGUCUUGACUGAAUGGCAAAUUGAAGGUCUUGUUGCCAAGGAAACAAAAAUAUGAUUCCUUCUUUCGCGCUGGCUCCCCUCCCCCGGGGGCUCAAAUGUAUUUCCUGUGUUAUCUGUCUCACCCGGAGCCUUUCAGCUAAAAGCUUUUUGUAAUGAUAAUGGCAAUAAGUGAGAGGCAGGCAAAGAGGGAGUGGUUUGAAGAGGGGGAGGUACAAGCAUGGUUGUCAGGGCAACGUGACAUCACACUCGCAAGUCUCCAUUUUAAAAGCUUUUAACAUGAUCCCUCCCAUGCCCUUGGCCCCAUUUUGAGUCCUCUUUCAGCUAAGCUCAGGAAAACGGCAGAGGCAGUGUGGUGUGGUGAGUGGAAUUUUACACCCACAUUCUAUAGACUUUCUAGAAAAACCUUAUGGUAUAUAGGGACGACAAGUGAGCAAUUAAAGGCUCUAUAUUUUUGUUGACAACAACAAACACUCAGGAGGAGAGAGUGCUUUCAAAAUGGCUGCAGAAGACUAUAGCUAUCUACUGCAGGCCAACAGUGAAAAACACAGAAGGGCCCGAAACUGGACUGAUGCAGAGAUGAAGACCCUUUUGUCCCUGUGGGAAAAAAACUUUUUUGAAUUGAGAAAGAGUAAGCGGAAUGCCAAGAUCUAUGAAAAGAUGUCUCAGAGGUUUUUCAGCUUGACUGGAGAACAUCGCCCCAAGGAGGAGAUAAAGAUGAAAAUCACAAACAUGUCAUUCCAAUACAGGAGACAGAAAUGCAUGACGGCAAAAGGUAUGACGAUAGAAUGGCCGUACUACAAAGCCAUAGAGAAGAUAUUCACCAAGAUAACUGAGAAUGGACAAACCAACGAGUUAGAACGACAGUCCCCCGGUCCGUCCACGUCCUCGCAGCCAGAGAACUUACUGUCUCAGCCAGAGACCAUAUGUCUGGGCUUCUUGCCUGAGUACACAGGCACAUCUGACGAAAAGGAGAUGAAAGAAGAAGAGGACGAGUUCUCAGUCUCCUCAGCCAGUGUUAACUCUCCAGAACUCUCCAGUGUCCAUGUGCCACAUUUAAAGAGGAGGAGACUUGAGACCAAGCAGCAGUCUCUGAAGAGAAGGAAGCUGAGGGUGAUGGAGGCCAUGUUGGUAGAGCAGAAGAAAGUGAGCCGGGCGGUGGAGGAAACUUGUAGAGAGGUCCGCAGGGUCAUGCAUCAGCAGAACCUCCACCAGGUCCAGAGCUUGCAACUCCAGGACCGCAUGAUGAACCUGCUGGAGAAGAUGAUCCAGCUACCCACCGUCCCACCCAAAGCCUGGGCCCAGGGUGGGGCCAAAGAAACGGGACAGAGUUGAAGGGUCAGGGUUCACAGUCAUGAGUUGUUUGAGAUCUAGAAGAAAUGGUUCCUCUCUGGCAUUGUCGAAUAUGAUGAUAGCAAGUUUACCUUUAAUGACCUUUUUUUUUAUCUUUUAGUAUGGCUUUUUAGUUAGAUGGGGAAAAUGUCAGGUCCUGGACUAAAGUAUGUUGAUUAGUCAUAGUAUGAAGACUACAAAAUACCACAGUGAAUAUACAAGUUCUAAUGUUCACAAGAUGGGGCCAUUCACAAAACAAGACAACUGAUCUUUAGAGAUUAGCACAUUGUACAGUACUGAGGGUGGUUCCAUAAUGCAUGUAAUGUGUAUUGAUGAAUAUAUUUUGUGUUGUCUUGAACUAAAUGACAGUUUUGAGAUCUA